AUGGGAUGCCACUGUACCAAAACAAAAGAAUCAUUAUAAUCUUAAUUUAAAGAACCUUAAAUAUUGAUUUUUUAAAAUGAACCACAAAAUUUAACUCAGCCUACCUCUGAUUACAGAAUUGAAGAUUAUGAUUAAAAUAAACCACCAAAAUUAUGUUUAAUUAGUAAUUCUAAUAGAGGAAUCAAAAAAACUCAUUAAAAUCGAAGAGAAAUAGGAGGAAAGAAAGAAAUAUUUUCCUAAUUAUAUAUACGUCCAUAUUAGAAAAAAUGA